UGCAGUGACUUGCUUAGGCAGAAAAAGGUUUGAAUAUCCUGAAUAUGCAGUUAUAUAAUAUAUGCACACUUGCUGACAGACUGUUUUCGAAUUCUCGGUUUUCCGAGCGAGACAGAGAUGGCAAAAAGUAAAAUUUUGAUCAUCGGGGCAACUGGAAGAUUAGGGUACCACUUAACGAAAGCAAGCCUCGAAUUUUCUCAUCCAACAUUUGCUCUUGUGAGAGAAUCUGCCUUCUCUGACCCUAACAAGGCUCAGAAGAUUCAGUCUCUCUCCGAUUCUGGAGCUACCAUUCUAAAAGGUUCGCUCCAAGAUGAAGCGAGCCUUGUUGAGGCGGUCAGGCAAGUGGAUGUGGUGAUUUGUGCUGUUUCAGCAAAGCAGAUUCUUGACCAGAAGCUCCUUAUCCAAGUCAUCAAACAAGCUGGCUCCAUCAAGAGGUUCAUCCCAUCAGAAUUCGGAUCAGACCCUGACAAGGUUCGAAUUUCUGUCCUUGAUGCUGGCUAUAAUUUCUACAAACAUAAAGUAGAAAUCCGGCGACUCGUGGAGGCUGAAGGCAUUCCAUAUACUUGCAUCUCCUGCAAUUUCUUCAUGAGCCUUUUGAUUCCUUCUCUUGUUCAGCCAGGCUUAAAAGUUCCUCCUAGGGACAAGGUCACUAUAUUUGGCGAUGGAAACACAAAAGCGGUCUUUGUUAAGGAAAGUGAUGUCGCUGCAUUCACUAUCAAUGCUGUGGAUGACCCUCGUACAUCAUGUAAAGUUUUGUACUUAAGACCGCCCGGAAAUGUUUACUCCAUUAACGAGCUAGUAGACUUAUGGGAGACCAAAAUUGGGAAGAAGCUUCAGAAAUCUUACGUUUCAGAAGAAGAGCUGCUCAAGAACAUUAAAGAGACUACUUUCCCAGACAAUUUUGAGAAGCUGUUUAUAUAUUCUGCUUUCGUACUUGGAGAUCAGACUUACUUUGAUAUCGAUCCGAGGUCUGGUGUGGAGGGUACGGAACUUUACCCAGAUGUGAAGUACACUACAAUCAGUGAAGUCUUGGACACUCUAGUCUAGUCCUGGCUUCUUUUGGAAAUGGCCGGACUAAAUAAAGUGUGCACUGAGCAUAGAUGUGCCAAACAUUUUCAUUAUUUCCAUGUCAACGGUGUUCAUUACCUGCAUGGUUCGCCAUUGCUCUUGAGCACGAAAGACCUUGAGGUUUUUCACUGCAUAGAGAUUCAGAAAUCCAUGCGUGACUGCGCUGUAAAUUAAUAUUAAAUUAAAGGACAUUUGCUUGAUUCCUGCAAAUCAUUUGUCACAUGAUUCCCAAGGUCCACCUUAGGGGUUACUUGUUUUGCAUGUUCUUAGACUCUGUCCGAACUUCAAACUGCUUCGUCAUAUAAAAUUGAAUAGUUGAAGUUGAUUCUCUUAUCUCUUCUUUGUCUCUUGUUAUAUGGAGUCCAUCAAAUGUGAACAAUUGACUUCAGUUGCUGCGAGAUAUAAUAGUGUGAAAUUUCUUGAGCCAA